AUGGAGCAGCUGUCAGAUGAAGAAAUUGACCAUGGUGCUGAAGAAGACAGUGACAAGGAAGAUCAGGACCUAGACAAAAUGUUUGGAGCCUGGUUGGGAGAGCUAGAUAAACUCACUCAGAGUUUGGAUUCUGACAAGCCUAUGGAACCAGUAAAAAGAUCUCCUCUUCGCCAAGAAACAAACAUGGCCAAUUUUUCUUAUCGCUUCUCCAUAUACAACUUGAAUGAAGCUCUGAAUCAGGGAGAAACUGUGGAUUUGGAUGCUCUGAUGGCCGAUCUUUGCUCAAUAGAACAGGAACUCAGCAGUAUUGGUGCAGGAAAUAGUAAGCGUCAAAUCACAGAAACAAAAGCCACACAGAAAAUACCCCCUGGCCGACACACAUCAAAACAUGGGACCUUGAAAGGAUCAUCUUCUGCAUCCAACAGAAUAACUAAGCCUUCCCAUGCCAACUACUCCCUGGAUGACAUCACUGCACAGCUAGAACAGGCCUCCUUGAGCAUGGAUGAGGCUGCUCAGCAGUCAGCCCUGGAAGACACUGCUACACCCUUAGUAACGAACCAGCACAGAAGAACCGCGUCUGCGGGCACAGUGAGUGAUGCUGAUGUUCGCUCUGUUAGUAACUCCUCUCACUCCAGCGUGACUUCCGCAGCCUCCAGCAUGGACUCUCUGGAUAUUGAUAAAGUUACUCGCCCUCAGGAGCUGGAUUUGACACACCAGGGGCAGCCAAUUACUGAGGAAGAACAGGCAGCAAAACUGAAAGCUGAGAAGAUCAGAGUUGCUCUAGAGAAAAUUAAAGAGGCACAAGUAAAAAAGCUGGUGAUUAGAGUCCACAUGUCUGACGAUAGCUCUAAAACCAUGAUGGUGGAUGAGAGGCAAACAGUGAGACAAGUGCUGGAUAGCCUGAUGGACAAAUCCCACUGUGGUUACAGUGUAGACUGGUCACUGGUGGAGACCAUCUCUGAGUUACAGAUGGAACGAAUCUUUGAAGACCAUGAAAACUUGGUUGAAAAUCUCCUUAAUUGGACAAGAGAUAGCCAAAAUAAGCUUAUAUUUAUGGAGCGUAUAGAAAAAUAUGCACUUUUCAAAAAUCCACAGAAUUAUCUCCUGGGGAAAAAGGAAACUGUUGAGAUGGCAGAUAGAAACAAAGAAGUGCUGUUGGAGGAAUGCUUUUGUGGAAGUUCUGUUACUGUGCCAGAAAUUGAAGGAGUUCUUUGGUUGAAAGAUGAUGGCAAGAAGUCCUGGAAAAAGCGCUAUUUUCUCUUGCGAGCAUCUGGUAUCUAUUAUGUCCCUAAAGGAAAAGCAAAGGUCUCUCGGGACCUAGUGUGCUUUCUCCAACUGGAUCAUGUCAAUGUUUAUUAUGGACAGGACUAUCGGAACAAAUACAAAGCACCUACAGACUAUUGUCUGGUGCUAAAGCACCCACAGAUCCAGAAGAAAUCUCAGUACAUCAAGUACCUUUGUUGUGAUGAUGUGAGGACCCUGCACCAGUGGAUUAAUGGUAUCCGCAUUGCAAAGUAUGGGAAACAGCUCUACGUGAACUAUCAAGAAGCCUUGAAGAGGACAGAAUCAGCUUAUGAUUGGACUUCCUUAUCCAGCUCCAGCAUUAAAUCAGGAUCCAGUUCUUCCAGCAUCCCAGAGUCUCAGUCCAAUCAUUCUAAUCAGUCUGAUAGUGGAGUUUCUGACACCCAGCCAGCAGGACAUGUCCGCUCUCAGAGUGUCGUCAGCUCGAUCUUCUCCGAAGCUUGGAGACGAGGCACUCAGUUGGAAGAGUCCAGCAAGGCCAGAACGGAAUCUGUGAAUCGACCCUACACUUCACUUAUGCCCCCUCUGUCCCCACAACCUAAGAUAGUCACUCCCUACACUGCCUCACAGCCUUCCCCACCACUGCCUGCUCACGUGAGUCAGGUGGCACCUCCAACACCCCCGCCCCCGCCUCCUGGCCCCGUACCCCUCCCUCCCCAGGCUCCCCCCAAGCCUCUAGUGACCAUCCCCGCCCCAGCCAGCACCAAGGCUGUGCCCCCUGUAGCGACACCAGCUGCACCACCUACUCCUACUCCUCCAGUCCCCCCUGCGAAGAAGCAGCCAGUUUUCCCCAUUGCUCACAUUCCCCCCUCUCCCCCUGCUCCUCCUGGCCCAGUCCCCCCACCCACCUUGCCCAAGCAGCAGAGCUUCUGUGCGAAGCCUCCGCCCUCUCCCCUGUCCCCCGUGCCCUCGGUGGUGAAGCAGAUGGCCAGUCAGUUCCCCCCCCCUCCAACGCCCCCUCCCCUGGAGUCGCAGCCCUUGAAGCCCCUCCCAGCCAACUUGGCCCCACAGUCCCCUCCUGCUGUGAAGGCCAAGCCCAAGUGGCAGCCCAGCUCUGUCCCCGCCCCUUCCCCAGAUUUCCCUCCUCCUCCUCCUGAGAGCAGCCUGGUAUUUCCUCCCCCUCCUCCUCCCCCACCACCGUCACCACCUGCCCCAGCCCCAGCCCCUCCGCCACCUCCGCCGCCACCACCUGCCACGCCCAAAGCCUCUCCCGCUGCUGACAGAAGUGGAUCUCCGUGCAAAAAGACCAGUAAGACUUCUAGCCCUGGGGCAAAGAAACCGCCCCCCACCCCCCAGCGAAACUCCAGCAUCAAGUCCAGCAGCUGUGCAGAGCACCCUGAGCCUAAGCGGCCCUCGGUAGACAGCCUGGUCAGCAAGUUUGCAUCCCCCGCGGAACCCUCAGGGUCCCCCAGCAAGGAGACCCCACCGCCUCCUACGGCACCCCCGAAACCUGGAAAGCUGAACCUCUCCGGCGUCAGCCUCCCCGGCGUCCUCCAGCAAGGGGGUGUGUCAGCAAAGGUGUCUGCUUUGAGCGGACGCGGCAAGGACUCGCGGGCAGAGUUCCCUUCUCCUCCCUCCGAUUCUGACUUCCCACCCCCUCCGCCUGAAACGGAGCUUCCUCUGCCCCCCGUGGAGAUUCCGCCCGUGUUCUCGGGAAACACCUCUCCCAAGGUGGCAGUUGUCAAUCCUCAGCCACAGCCGUGGUCCAAGGCGUCGGUGAGGAAGGCCCCUCCGCCCACGCGGCCCAAGCGCAACGACAGCACGCGCCUCACCCAGGCGGAGCUCGCCGAGCCGCCGGCCCCGGCCCCCGCCGCGCCGCAAGUGCCCACCUCUCCCAAAUCCAGCCUUAGUGUCCAGCCCGGGUUCCUGGCCGACCUCAACCGGACACUGCAGCGGAAGUCCAUCACCCGGCACGGCUCGCUCUCCUCCUCCCGCAUGUCCAGAGCAGAGCCCACGGCCACCAUGGAUGAUAUGGCUCUGCCGCCGCCGCCCCCCGAGCUGCUUUCUGAGCAGCAGAAAGCCGGCUUCGGAGGCAGCCACAUAUCGGGCUAUGCGACGCUGCGGAGAGGACCCCCUCCCGCGCCCCCCAAGAGAGACCAGAACACCAAGCUCUCCAGGGACUGGUAGCCACCAUAGGACUUUAUUUUCAUGGGAUCUGUAAUCAGUUCUACAAUCAGCUCGCCUGGUCGCUCGAGUCCAGGUGUUCAGAGCCUCCUGGUAUGUUGUAAUUCAGGUAGUGUCCGGCUGUGUGUGUGGAUGUCUAUAUAUAUGUAUACAUACGUGUGUAUAUGUAUAUAUAUAGCUGAGAAUGAGCCUAUUUAUUCCUUUCCUCUCCUAACCUGAAGAUGAGCUCUGUGUAUUUGGGGUGGAAGCGGCAUGUAUGCGGUCUCACUUAUCAUGUGGGUUGGAGCGGUAUUUUUAAGUCUGUCCAUGUGCGGCCUCUCUGUGCAUGUUUUAUAUUAUAUAUUAAGGACUAGGUGUAUAAUGUGCUGUUUCUCAGUUUGAGAUGACAACCGGAGUACUUGGUGCAUUGAUGGGGCUUUUGUGUUUCGUCUUUUCCCGUUGGCUGAGCUAGAACUGCUUGACCCACACUUCAUUGCUACACCUAAGGGGGCACUUGGAGUCCAUCUCGGCUUCAUAAAAGGUAACUGGUGCCGUCGGGACUUCUCAGACACUGUACGUAGUUGUGUGUGGAGGGUAAACCCGUGGCGCCUCGAAGCCACCCAGGUGCGGUGCGGUGCUGCUGCAGUGAUCCCACCCGACCCAGGCCGCGUCCCGUCACAGGUAGGCUCUGUGCCUGCCAACCGGGAUAACUUGGCUACAAGCCUGGAUAGCUCUUCUGCACUGUCAGAAUCCUUUUCAUCAGCUUUGUGAAAACUUCAAGCUUGGCUUCGUGAUCUUUGCUUUGUUGUAAAAAAAAAAUCUGACACAUUACCCCUGGAAUGCUCUGCCCCACAUGUCUUGGGUCACCAGUAACUUAGUGUGUGCUUUAGGUAGAUGUUGAUAAUAGAUACCUGUAGACAAUUGCUGUUAUCAAUAUAUACAUCCUGUGCCCAGUAUGGUGCCAUCAGUAUGAAGAAAAAAUCACCUUCAAAGAAAAGCAUCUUUGUGUGUGUAUUGCUCUUGAAGGAUGAGUGACUGGAAAAGUUGGCCACUGUGCAAUCAAAAGGACUUAUUUUGACGUAUGGGACUGACUCUACAGAGGGAAGUUUUGAAUUUCCACCAUCAUGACAGACUACAGGAUCCUGGCUUAUUAGCCUUAUUGCUGGGUGUUCUAAUAAGAGUGAUGUAGUCUAAAUACCGUAAGUGACAUUAUCUGUGCCAUGUCACAUGAAAUCACUGCUCUAAUGACAACUAUUUCUAUGUUUCACAACACUAUAUGCUUUUUCCCCGUGUAAUUUUCCCUUGGUGUGUAAGAGGAAGUGUAGCCUCAUCAGUUUAUGAUGGUAGAUUGACCAUCAAGAAAAAACACCAUGUCAGACACUGCUCUUAAACAAGGGAAUCAAAACCAGUCAUCCCAGCAAUAAGUGAGCACAUCUUCAUGAAAGCCUGUGCCUGUUGGACGGACUACCACAGCAAACUGCAGAGAGCUCUGGCGGCGUCCCACAGGGGACUGCCGGUACAGUGGGGCAGAGAGUAAUUCAAGGAUAAGCAAAAGUUGUAUUGUGUACACAAGGCAAAGUAAGCUGCAAGGCAGUGUUGCAGCACAGAGAAAGGAACUGGCCCCCUCUCCUUGACGGGAGUGGAGUCAUUUGGCUAUAGAGCAAUAAGUAAAUAUAUAUACCAUUGUGCAUUUUUAAAGCCCUUCUUCAAAAUAUUUUUCAUUCGUUCACAAAUGUCCGUUUUCAAUAAGCUUCUGAAGUGACGCUUAAUGCAUCUGCAUUGUCCAUUUAAGCAUGUACCGCCUGGGUAACAUUUGAGUACAGAUUGCCAAACUCCACUGUAAUUCAUGAGUGAAGUUACGUCUCAUAGUCUCUCCCUGCAGCUUUAUAUUGCGGUUGUUAAGAAUGAACUCAGUGAUUCAUAAUCCUCACUGGAGCUUGUGCUUGCAGAGGUCUUUUUUUUAGUGAAAGGGAAACUAUGACAGUGUACCCUCAAUCUUCCGUCACCCAUGAUUAGAACCCUAAGAUACAGACUUUGGUUUUUUCAGCAUGGGGUUUCCUGGAAAUUCUUGCUUGUCAGUCCUGAUAAUGGCCAUCCUGUACUGAUGUUUCUAAUGAGUCAUUUUCCUGAAAGACCAGACCUAUUUAAAACCAGGAACAUCAAGAGAGUAGGGCCAGAGCCACUCUUGACCUAAUGACAGACUGUCUUUUUAACUUAAUUGACUUUUUUUUAAUGUAUAAAAAUCAAAAAACCAAAAUGAUAGAUUCUCUAAGUGGAUUUUUUUUUUA